ACCGAAGUCAAGCAUCCAAACAUCCCCAUCCCUACACAAAUCCGUCAAGAUGACCAAGCGCACCAAGAAGGUCGGCGUGACCGGUAAAUAUGGUACCCGUUACGGUGCCUCCCUGCGAAAGCAGGUGAAGAAGAUGGAAAUCACCCAGCACGCCAAGUACACCUGCACCUUCUGCGGAAAGACCACCGUCCGAAGAAAGUCUGUCGGUAUCUGGAACUGCCGCGCCUGCAGCCGAACCAUUGCUGGCGGUGCCUACACUGUUGCCACACCUGCCGCCGCUGCCAUGCGAUCAACUCUGCGACGAUUGAGGGAGAUUGCUGAGGUUUAAGGUGUUUCUUGGUAAAACGGUUGAAGGGAUCCGGCUUUGCUUUUCGGUCUGGUGUAUGGGGGACAUUGUUUGCGUGCAUACACUACGUUGACGAAAAAUGAACGUCGACGCUCGAUCUUUGGUCAUAGACACCGGUCGAUAGGCAAUGAACAAAAAAAGGAAAUUGCAUUAUCUCGGACACCCGAACUAAGAAAUGAUUUGAUGCC